GAGCCUUUUGCGACAUCCCUGCUGUCAGGUGGGAGAGCAGAGGACAUCCCUCUUCCCGCCUUCCUCCGGCACCACCAGCUGCGUUUCGGCUCCUCAGCGCGCGGGCCGGGCUGGGAGCGGCUCCUGCUGAGGAGGCCUCUUGCCCACACUGAAGUCACUAACCUCUACAUGAGAACAAGGCAAACUGUGAGAAUUGCUACCUUCAACUGGAACCAAGUUGGAGAAUGCAGCUGCCAGGUGUCUCUGAUGCUGCGGGAGAGUUCAGCUUCCAGAGCAGAAAUGCUCAGAGAUGGGAGGGAAUCAGCCAGCUCUGGAGAGCGAAGAGAUGGUGGAGAACAUGGUAAACUAACAUUUGGUAGAACAAGUGGCUUCAAAAAGAACAGCAGUGAAAACAGAACAGCUGAGGAAGAGCAGGAAGACGUCCGAGGUGUGCUGAAGAGGCGAGUGGAAACUCGGGAACACACAGAGGAGAGCCUGAGGCAGCAGGAAGCUGAGCAACUUGAUUUCCGUGACAUUUUAGGCAAGAAAGUCAGCACCAAAAGUUUUUCUGAGGAGGAACUGAAAGAAAUUCCAGCCGAGCAAAUGGACUUCCGAGCCAACCUGCAGCGGCAGGUCAAACCCAAGACCUUGUCAGAGGAGGAAAGGAAAGUUCAUGCUCCUCAGCAGGUGGACUUCCGCUCUGUGCUGGCCAAGAAGGGCACCCCAAAAACCCCAUUGCCAGAGAAGGUGCCACCUCCUAAACCAGCCAUUACAGAUUUCAGAUCUGUGCUGGGCUCAAAGAAAAAGCCACCUGCAGAGAAUGGCAGCGCUAGCACCCCAGCACCAAAUGCCCGCACCAAUUCUGAUGCCCAGAACGCGACCCCCAAUUCUCAAGCCCCUAUUGCCAAACCAGCAGUGAAAAAAGAGGAGAAGAAUGACAGAAACUGUGAACAUGGGUGCGCAGUGGUGGAUGGUGGAAUAAUUGGGAAAAAAGCCGAAAACAAAGCAACAGCAAGCAAACCACCAGCAAGCAAAGGGACAGCACCUUCCUUUACAGAGAAGCUUCAGGAUGCUCAAAUAGUAGAUGGUGAAAAAUUGGUCUUACAAUGUCGGAUUUCCUCUGAUCCCCCUGCAGCUGUCACCUGGACACUAGACAGCAAAACCAUCAAAUCAUCAAAGUCCAUUGUCAUCUCCCAAGAAG